AUGCAAGAGGAGGAUCACAGAGAACAGGCUUCACAAAUUCAGGACCAGAGCAAUUGGGUUGUUCAGUCUUGUUCGCAAAAUGCAAGAGGAGGACCACAGAGAACAGAUGAGACGCAUUCUCUUCUGCAGCAUCAGGAGGAGUUUAACAGCAUAAAAAGCUCCAUAAGUACACUGAGUGCCAGUCUUGAAGAACUGAAUAAAAAAAAGGCUGAUCUAUUGGGUAGAAUGCAACAUUUACGAGAGAAAAUCAGUAAGGAAGGUGCUGAAAUGCUGGUGCAGAGAUUGUUAUCACUUUUGGAGUCACUAAAGGCUCUAGAAAAGCAAGAAUCUGAUUCCCAGCUCCAUUCGAAUGUACAACGCUCUCAGCUGCAAGCUGAGAUUGAUAAACUUGGCGAAAUUAUACUGAGUGACAAUGACGGGUGGAGCUUCUCCUGUGGUAUCGAUGAUUCUUUACAUAGCUCUGUGGAGAAACUGAAUUCAGCAAAGACGGAACUUGCAGCUAAACUACGGGAAAUUGUAUUGCUUAAAAGGCAGCUCGAUGAUGUGCCAUCACAAGCAGAACUCAUUCAGUAUGAACGCCGAUUUUCAGAACUUAAUGUCCAUAUUCAGGGAAAGCUUCGGCAAACUCGUAAAUGCUAUGCUACCUAUAAUGCCUUGUUGGAGAUAAAAGAACUGAUGCUAAAAGAAACAUCCUUAUUAAACUCCAUAAGUUUGCAGAAAAAGGGUUUUAUACAUGCGGUCCGGGAACGCUUUGGGGUGAACACUCAUCCUAACAAGAAAUUGUUUAUCCUUUUUGUGACUAAGGGCAGCAAUGAAGUUUUCUCAUUUUUGUCUCUCUUUGCAUGCAAUCUUGUAAAGUUUCAAGAUGCAAUUGCUAGCACAUCUGGCCGUGUGAAACUUAUUGAUUCAAUGGACGGAAUUACAAAAGGGAUUCAACAGAAGCUGGAAAAGGCACAUCUUGCACAACAAGCAGAGCUGACAGUCUGUGAUGCUCUCAAGGAGAAGUAUGCUGCAGCAAUUUCUGAGCAAAGACGCUGCUCUUCUCUCUUAAAAGCUUUCCAGGAGGAAUGUGCAAAGAAUGAGAGACUUAGAAGCCACACUUCGGGAAUACUCGCAUAA